AUGAAGCAACAUUUCAUUCGCGUCUUUCAGCUCAUUGCCUUUCUGCCACUGUCCUCCUGCAGUUCCUUUCUUUUUGAACAUGGCACCAUCAUAUCUUUCGAUGAGAGCAGUGGAACACUGGAAAUGUUACGCGAUCACUCCCUUCUUGUUGUAGAUGAUACUAUCGGUGCGAUUUUCCCCUCAAACUCUACAGAUUUGCUUGAGAAUAUCGCGAUCCCUGCUGGCACUGUAUCUAUAUCUGCAGAGGGUGAUAUCAUAUCCCCUGGAUACGUGGAUACUCAUCGUCAUGUUUGGCAGACCAUUCAUCGGUCCAUAGGCGGAACACCGACGUUAGCUGAGGACCUCACGCGAUGGACGAAUACCACACUUGCGGCAGAGAUCUACGACACAAAGACAUCUUACUACUCGGAACUCGUCGGGCUUUGUGAAGCGGUCAACGCAGGAGUCACUACCAUCGUUGAUCAUGCACCUGGUUCGUUCACAAGCGAGAUUGUCGACGCUUAUCUUCAAGCCACCAAGGACAGCGGUAUCAGAAGUAUAUUCGCGUACAAUUUCGGUGGUUACGAAACCUUCCCGUUCCCUGACCAAAUACGACAUUUUAGGCAGCUGAUGGCUGACGGAACUUUCAACGGAAGUAAUAUCAGUCCUGGUAUCGCGUACGAAAGAUGGACCUUUGGCAUUGAACCCGAGAUUGAAGCUGUUGUCAGCUUAAUAAGCGAUUAUGACAUUGCUGUCCUCAAGACUCAUGCCGUCGGGGGCGUUUACGCGACCGAAAACAACCCGUCUGUACUCUCACAGAUAAUGCUGCCCAACGGAACCCAACUCUUGAAUACUUCAACACCGCUGAUUUUCGUACACGGAACGUCUCUGACAGCUACCGAUGUUGCGCUGUUGCGCACAUUCAAUCAUCACAUGGCAUUGGCCCCAGAAUUUGAGAUGUCUCACUCACGGGAAAUAGGCCAGCAGCACCUGGCUUUGGACCAAGCAUCUCUCAGCGUUGGAACGCACUACACGAAUAGCGGCGACAUGGUCACGCAAGCACGAAUAUGGCUACAAAACGUUCGCGAGCGUUUAUUAAGUCACCUUACAACUGAAGAAAGGGUCGUAGCGAAUCGCAACCCUAUGUCGGCGAACCAGGGAUUUUUGUUAGCCACAAGAUCGGGGGCUCAAGCGAUACGACGUAAUGACCUCGGUGUCCUUCGCAUCGGAGCCAAAGCUGACAUUGUCGUGUAUGAUGGCAAGGCACCAGGCAUGUUAGGUUGGAGUGAUCCUGUCACUGCUGUCCUCUUACAUUCUCAUGUGGGACAUGUCAAACAUGUCCUCGUUAAUGGGGAAUUAUGGAAACGAGAUGGUCGGAUUGUACAUCAAGGAUGUUUGAGCAACGAAAACAACAACAUCGAGGAGCAGUUUGUGGACGCUGCAAAAGCAGUUCAGCAGUUCUGGAACAGUCGCCCAGUUUCACUAGCAGGCCCCUUUCUCACAGGCUACCACUAUGGGAGGAUGCAGGAUGUGGACGUUGUGCGAGGCCCAGCAACAGGAUACUGA